AUGUCUGCCACAGACGCUGCUUUGUUCUCCCCAAACACAGAGUCGGACGGUCAGGGUUGUCCGUUCUGCCGCUGUGAGAUCAAAGGCACGGAGCCCAUCAUUGUGGACCCUUUCGACCCCCGGAACGAGGGCAACAAGUGCUUCUUCCUGGACCGCCACAGCUGCCCCAUGCUGGAGCUGGACGAGGAAGAGGACCGGGACGAGUGCCUGGUCAUGAACGGGCUGGCGAAUAUCAGAAAGCACUGCCCGGAGCGCCAGAACUCCCCCAUGGUGUCCCCCAGCUCCUCCCCCCUGAUCCAGCACAGAAAGCCCCACGUCACAGAGACCUCUCACUGCAUCCAGCACCUGGGCCUGCCUCCGGUCCCUCCGCGCCUGGACCUGAUCCAGAAGGGCAUCCGAUCCCCCUCAGCCAGCCCCACGGCCUCACCCAAGUCCUCUCCAGGUAUGUCCCGGAAGCAAGACAAGCCUCUACCUGCGCCCCCUCCCCCGCAGAGAGAGCCCCCACCACCUCCUCCCCCCGAGCGGCCUCCCCCUGUCCCGCCGGAGUCACGUCUGUCCUGGCUGUCGGCGCCCCUCUCCUCCUCCAUCUCCUCUUCCACCAGUGCCCUGCCCGACUCGCACCUCUCCCCAGAGUCCUGGAGUCACAAAGAGCUGCGCCUGUCAGACUGCAGCCGCGCCCCUGCCACAGAGCACCCAGCCCAGCUGGGGCUAAGCAGCUGCCCCCACCUCCACAGACGCCCCGAGAGCUGCCCGUCUAUAGGCUCCACGCGCAGCCAGCACAGAGAGGCCUGCGCUGACAUCACAAAGCCUUUUACCAACGGCGUGCAGGUCAGUGAUGAAUACGACAUUCUCCCCGCGCGCCACUCACCAACUCAGCCCUGCGUCACCAACAGCCACAAAUCGGCCAACCCUUUCAGCAGCCCAGCGGUCGAGAGAAAGCAUGGAGCUCCAGACAGACCGGAGAGAACAGACAGACCAGACAGGACAGAGAGACCAGACAAGACAGACAGACCGGACAGACCGGAGGACGACUACCAGAUCCCCUCAUCCAACCUGUGUCUGAGCCAGCCUCCCAUCUGCAUUUCUGUGUCCAGCAGGCACUUGGAGAAUGGUUCCCCUGAGUCCCAUGUGGAAGAGAGGACGGCCCGCUUAGAUCCAGGUGUGCCAGCCUUCAACGCCAACAAGAUCCCCUGUGAUUACGACAUCCUCCUGCCUCCUUCAGCUUUAGAAGACCCUUUCAACAGCCGCCCCCCCUCACAGCCCCCUCCGCCCCCCCCUCCGGCCAGACACAGCUUUGUGGACCUCUCAUCUUCGUCGUCAUCCUCUUCAUCGUCCUGUAACUCCUCUUCAUCGUCUGCCCCGAGCCGACCUCACAGACCCUGCUCCGGACAUGAGCACCUGCUGCUGACCCCAGGUGACUAA